AUGGUUCCACAUUUUUUCUCUCUCUUCCCGUCUUCACUCAUCCACCCAUGGAAGAGUUUCGUUGAUGAGCCCAUGGAAGAGCUUCGUGCCAACCCUUUCCUCAUCGAAGAGGUGGUUGAUGAAGGGUCGACGUAUGCGUUGGCAGAGGCAUUACAAGAGAAUGUCAUGCAACAGAUGGGCUUCCCUGGAAGAUGGCUUAAAUGGAUUCGAGGAAUCCUCUCCUCAACUAGAUUCGUUGUACUCGUAAAUGGAUCGCCGACUUCUGAAUUUAAUUGUGAGCGUGGCGUCCCGCAAGGAGACCCACUUUCUCCCUUUAUUAUCAUCGCCAUGGAGGCCUUCUCAAGUGUCAUCCAACAGGCCUCGAUUCUGGGCCUGAUUGCAUGCAUCAAACUCCCAAAUUUCGGGCCCACCAUCACACAUCUGCUCUAUGCAGAUGACGCGAUUCUAAGUGGAACCUGGUCCCAAACUCACCUCCGGAUUAAAGAUCAACCUCCACAAAUCAUGUUUUUAUGGCAUUGGCUUGAAACAACCAGAAAUCAACCUAUCCACCAACAUACUCAAUUGCCAAAGCGGUCAUUUCCCCAUUACCUAUCUUGGUCUUAUGGUUCUAUUGGGAAUGGAGCAUCUAUCAGAUUUUGGAUUGACAGAUGGAUUGGCGACAACCCACUUUGUAACACUUUCCCGGAUUUAUUCAAGCUUGAAAGAAGGAAGGACUGCUAUAUUAAAGACCGGUGCACCGGGAAUGGCUUGUUCUCACAAUGGGAAUGGGACGGGACUUCGUCACCAGUAACCCCAACUGAACUACAUCAACUCCAAGAGCUGCUCACGCAGAUCCAAAGCUGUAGACUUACGGGAACCGACGACACCUGGAGAUGGACUUGCAAGCCAUCAGGAAUCUUCACAACCAAGUCCAUGAAGAACACCCUCAUUAAAGCCACGCAUGGACCUAACCACUGGAUUUUUCCAUGGAAUCGCCUCGCCCCGAUCAAAAUCAAUAUCUUUGGUUGGAAGCUUGAGAUGAACAACCUACCUACAACCGACCUUCUUCUACAACGCAACAUCACAAUCCCUAGCUCCACUUGUCUUAUUUGCAAUGCCGGUGAGGAACCUUCUCAGCACCUCCUCUUGGAUUGUCCUUUUACAGACAUGUUAUGGAGUUUUCUCCUAUCAUGGUGCAAACUGCCACUGCGAAAACAUACCGUGAUCAAAGAACUGUUGAGCUUCAUAAAGACCCGCUAUUCCCCCUGA